AACAGCACAACACAACAACAACAACAACAAACUACUAAACAAGUCGACUAAAUAUACCAACAGCAACAACAACAACUAAUUUGCACACACGUCAAACACUCGAACACUUCACAUAGCAGAAAUGAACUUUGGUGCAUUGGCCAGAAGUCUCAGCCACAGUCUAAGAGUCAGCCUGGGCUCCAAGAAGCGGCUCAGUAAGGCGCCCACAGAGAACGACGUCUUUGAGGUAUCGACGCCGUCAGUGAGCAACAGCAGCGAUUCCAAAGAAGAGGAACAACUGAAAAGGGAACAUCUCAACCAGACCGUCGAUCAGCUCAAUGAGAGACGACAGCCGUAUAGGGAAACAGUUGAGCUAAUACUCGAUAAGGUGAGCGAGUUGGAGCACACAUUGUAUGAGGAUCAACAGCAGGAGUUCAAGCUGCGCAUGGCCUUGGAGCGUCAGACGGAGCGCAUACACGAGCUCCACUUCUCGCUGGACACCGAAAAGCAGCGCAAUGAGCGACUGGUGCAGCUGCUGCGCGGCGUCGACUCCGACUCCUGCAGCGAAAGUGAGCCGGAAUCACAGCUACUGAGCGGCAUACGGAUUGACUCCAAGGGCGAACUCUAUGGCUCAAUAAGUCCAAUACUAAUGCAACAACGCUACGAUGAGCUGCAUUCGUCGUAUCGUCAAGCCCAUCGGCUGCUGGCCAAAAAGGAUAAAACCAUUAAGAUGCUCAGAUGCGAUUUGGAGGUGUUGCGCGGCAAAUACGAUUCCAUAUGCUCGGAUUAUCGCAACGAGCAUCGACGUUUGAAUGCACUAUACACACGCUAUAUGCACCUGCAGCAGAAGAAGAAGCAGCAGGUUUUCAUACUCAAGGAGACGUUGGGCUAUGCCAGCGAUUGUAUUCUGUAUGCUCAACAGACCAUUGAUGGCUGCUCUAGAGGAUUUCCCAUCGAUCCGCAGAAUUUGCAUAAUUUCAAUCAGAAUUUUGAGUUCUUUAUGCGUUCGCUGCGCAGCUGUUGCUGUCGUCGCCGCUUGCUGGAGCUGCAACAGGAGCAGGGAGUCCAAUUGGAGCAGCUGCAGCAAGAACAGGAACGACAACAAGAGGAAGAGCAGGAACAGGAGUUGUCCAACCAAGAGACAAAGACCAGUUUGCAAUCGCAGUUGGAGCAGCCGAAGCAAAAGCGUCGUAGCCAUCGAAAACGUGAAAAGCAUUGAAAAUGAUUAGGAAUUUCGCAGUUAGUUUCUUAGUUUUCAUAUUUAUCUUAAAUGUUCUAGGAAAU